UGCGCCUUCCUCCCGGCCUGCGUGCUGGGUGGCGGCCAAGAAGCGCCGGGGCAGAGCCCUGGCCCAAGGGGGGCCCGUGUUUGUUCUGCAGGAUCGGCCUGCGUCGUCGGCUGUCGAGAACGGGCUGCCAGCGCCUUCCUGGUUCUUUUUUGCGGCGGCCGCCGGCCAAUCCUUUCCUCUGCGACACCCCGGGGGAAAGAAAACCGAUAGACAGAAGCAGCUGGCCCAUCAAGCAGCUGGAAAACGGCUAUCAUUGCCGGCCGGGCGCGGUACGGGCUACCCGCCAGAAGUAGCCCGGGGCAUUGGUUGUUUUCGUAAAGUGUUCUGGUUGGCCUCAACCGAACCGGGCCCGUGUUUGCGUUUGACUACGGCGCAUUGGAGGCGCUUCAGGAUGCGAACAGCCCCAAGCGGACUGCCCCGCGAGUGGGCCCCCCCGGAUUACCGGGCACGCCGACCAGCCGGCCCGCAGCCUUCCAUCCCCCCUGUGGCCGACGUAGCCCCCGGGGGGCCCCGGCCCUUCUCUGGGACCCUCCUGCGGGAACGAAAUCCCCCGCGGGGGUGUUGGUGGCGUGGGCCGUCGGCGACGUACGCGCAGGCAUCUAGGCCGCGGCGGAAGGCCGCCGCGCCGCCGCCGCCCCGUGUGUUCGGGCACAGCCAGCAAGGGCGUGGCGACAGCGGCGGCCGCGGAUGG